UCAUAUUCACUUGUAAUUGUGAUUCGUAGGAAGUAAGAUCUCUAGUAGUGUAAAAUAUAUAUAUCUAAAAAUAAAAUAGUGUAAUUCAAUUUCAAAUCGGAACCCUUCUAAAAAACCCGCCACCAAUUCCAAUAAAAAAGAAACAAAAAAACAUAAGAAAACAGCAACAACAACAACGAUAACAGCAAGCAAAUCAACCGCACCGUAACGUAACGUCAAUUGUCAACCGUUUAUCGUAAUAAGCAAAUAGCGUAAGCCCUUACGUACCUCCCUCUCGAUUUGCAUGUGUGUGCGUGUGAGACAACAAGAACGGCAACUGCGGCUACAAAAGCGAGCAAGACAAAUGCAACAACGAUUUGGAUAAAAGUUGUGCAUAAAGGAAACAAUUUAGUAAAAUUCAUUGCAAAAAGCUGGAAAAGGCCAAGAAAAGCGAAGCCGUGACGUGACGAUAGAGAGACGUGUUGUGUUAAAAAGAGGAUCCAGAGACAUAAGUUAUAUACAUGCAUGUUCGACCGGACUAAGGCGACAAAACAACAACCACAACAACAGCAAUAACAAUAGCAACAACAACUGCAGCGCACACCACUGAGCGAAAGAGAUAGAGAAAGACAGAGAGAGAGAAGAAGUCUGCUCUUAGACACGAGAGACGAUAAUUUUUCGGUUUUGCUAGUGCCCAAGCGAUUGGAGGAACAGCCUCAAGAUUCUGCCCUUCGGAGCCAACUUUCGUCUGGAGACGACACCAGCCGAGAUGCACAAGAUCACAGCCGCACCGGCUGCUGCCACAGCGCCCGCCGGCGCCCUCGAGGCGCCACUUGCGGCACCCAAAUACGGCACACUCAUACCCAAUCGCAUCUUUGUGGGCGGCAUAAGCGGCGACACCACCGAGGCGGAUCUGACGCGCGUGUUCAGCGCCUAUGGAACUGUGAAGAGUACAAAGAUCAUUGUGGAUCGCGCUGGCGUCAGCAAGGGUUACGGCUUUGUCACAUUCGAGACGGAGCAGGAGGCGCAAAGACUGCAGGCCGAUGGUGAAUGCGUUGUGCUGCGUGAUCGCAAGCUGAACAUUGCACCGGCUAUCAAGAAGCAGCCCAAUCCGCUGCAAUCGAUUGUGGCCACCAAUGGAGCCGUUUAUUAUACAACCACACCGCCGGCACCGAUUAGCAACAUCCCGAUGGAUCAGUUUGCCGCUGCCGUCUAUCCGCCAGUUACUGACUUUACAGCCGCUGGUGUGCCAGCCAUCUACCCACCUUCAGCCAUGCAAUAUCAGCCAUUCUAUCAGUACUACAGCGUGCCAAUGAAUGUACCCACCAUUUGGCCUCCGAAUUAUCAAGACGCACAGCCGCCGAUGCAACAUCAUGGACAGCCGCAUGCCGCUUGGGAGUUCGAUGAUGGCAGCAAUGCCAACAAUCGCGGCAACAGCAAGAGCAACAUUUCGGUGACCAAUUGGCGCAUGUCCAUGUAAAGAAAAGAAAAACAACAAAAAAUGGCAGAAGACAAAAGAAGACAGAAGAGAAAAACGAGCACUAAAAACAUCCACAAUCCACAUAGCAAUAUCAAAACCAAAUCAAUGCGCAAAGCCACAAAGCAACUAACAACAAACAAACAACAGCAAUCAUUAGGAAAAGUGGCGCGCAACAAACAAACAAACCAAACCAAACAACAAAACGACGUUCAUAAUAUGUUUUCAUUACUUUGAUUUACCGAGAGUUCAAAUUGUUUCUAUUGUUUUCGUUAAGCGUUUCUAAAUGUUUCGAUAUAUUUUGUGUUUGUAAGACCAGAAUUUCAAUCGGGGCUGCAGCCAAAGACAAAGAAAAGAAGAAGCAAAAUAUCAGAUCAGAUAUCAGGAUUAAGCAAGCAAGAAACAUCUUCAACAAAAGGGGGGAACAAACCAAAAACAAAAAAUCGAAAAAAAAUCUCAACCAAAGCAUAUCCAAACUUCUUCAAAAAUUACGCAAAACACAAGCCAAGAUAAAUCUCUCCCCCCCUCCUCAUCGUCAUACAGAUCGAGAACAACAACUUGCUAUCCUUUGCCUCUUAGCUUCAGCUGUGGCCCCAUUGAGUAGGAUUUAAAAAAACAGAUCACAGAACCAACAACAACAACAGCAACAUCCCAAACAGAACGUUUUCAAGCCAACAAAUAUGUGUUUCGGGUUCAGUUUUUCUGGCGUUCCGAUUAUAAAGUAGUUUUUAUACAGAUCUGUAUAUAUAUAUAUUAUAUGUGUGUAUAAUUGGCCUACACUUUCCCAAAAUUUGUAACGUUUCUUAUUAUAUAUAUAUCUCUGUACUUUCUCACUCAUCCCCAAAAUUUCGUUUCCUCCCCCAAUUUGUGUGUGCGUAAUAAUUAUGUGUGUAUAGAAAGUUUUUUCUAAAUUUCAAAGUUGACAUCAAAUAUUUCAUCAAUUGUAAAACUGAAAUAAAAAGAGCCCGAAACGAGAAGAGAUUUUAUUUACUUUAAAUUUAAUUUUCAUUUAACACCAACACGAAUUCACACUGCGUAUGCGUAAUAUUCGCAUACGUAGCGAGGCGGCAAUAAAGAGGAAAAAACUGUAGCAUACUUUCAGGACGCAUUCAAGUGAAACGUGCAACGAAUCUUUUGUGUAGCCAAAAAGCAAGAACAACAAUUUCGAUGAGAAUUAUACGAUUUAAAUAGAAAAGAGUUGAAUUAUAUAAACGGUUGUGUCAAAUUAGCUCUUAAACAAAAUACUUAAAUUACUUCGAAAAUAGAAACAGCAACAAAAUAUAUAUGUGCAAAGCUCAGUUGAUAAAUGAUAUAUAGUUGAUAAAAUGAAAAUAGCAAGCUGAAUUAGUCAUUCGAUUUUCCAUUUAGACUCGCCUGCGAAAAUGGAUAUUUUUUGGUCAGUCGAGCGCCUACUUAGCACCUAAUCAACAAAUAAAAUACAUAUGCAUAUAGACAUAACUGUAAAUGUACAUAUAAGAAGAAGAAGAAGAAGAAGGAAAUCAAGCCUCUAUAUGUAAUCUGAAUGUAGUUCAAUUAUAAUUGUAAUUAUCAUUUAUUUGCUAAACAACAAAACAAAACUCUCUUGAAAAACUCUCUCACAACUCUUCCGAAGCGAACAAAAGGAUAUAUAAUAGAUAACUAUACAUAUAUAUAUAUGUGUAUAUAUACAUCUAUAUAGAUCGUAUAAUCUUAACAAUAUACAAAACGAAAUAAAUAUAUAUAUAUAUCUAUGAGUGUACCAGAACAAUAUCUCGAUGGCGUCGUAAAACCGAAACAAAAAAUAUUUAUUAAAUUAAAACCAAAAAAACAAAAAA